AUGAUAUGCAUAACGUGCAUGCGGCCCGUGGAAUCUCUCUAUACGGUGUAUUCAAAUGACCACAUACAGUUGACAGACUGUCCAUUUUGCAAAGAGACAGUUGACAAAUAUGUCGAAAUUGACAACGCCCUGCUAUUUAUUGACCUUCUAUUGUUGAAAUCAGGUGCAUAUAGGCAUUUGGUCUUCAAUUCUUUGGAAUUACAUCUAUCAAAAUAUCCGAGAGCAAAAGCAUUAAAUAAUUGCCAAUCCCUGCGUGAGUAUAUGCAAGCUUUGAUAUUUAAUAUUAAGAACUGGUUCUGUAAGUAUGACAGAUUGAACCGUCUUUGGCUUUUACUAAUAUCAUUUGAAAUUUAUUUAACAUGGGUUACCGAGGAAAGUAAGUACAUCUAUUAUUUGAAUCGUCACGAUAAUGAUGGCAAACUUAUCGUACUUUCCAAAAACCUACCAGAAAGCUUCCAGUGGAAUUCGUCCAUAAUGCGUAACACCAUCACAAGUAAAGUAUUUACCUGGAGCCCACCAGUGCAAUACCUCUACUUCGCAAGCUAUUGUAUUCUUGAUAUUUGCUUGUUUCAUACGUUUAUUCGCCAUUUCAUACUGAAAAAGCUGCAUUGGGGGCGCGAUUCUGUUUAUUCAAAGGAUAUAAUAUCAUACACAAUCCUAUUAUCGUACGGUGCUAAAAUUUUUCCUAUUUUGAUGUUAAUAUGGCCUUACGAUACUCUGAUUUCGAUGAGUAUCAUCAAGUGGGUGGCCAAUUUCUAUAUUAUAGAAUCUCUGAAGAUCGUCACCAAACUUUCCUAUUGGAAUAUCAUAAAAAUUUUUGUAUUAGUGUCUCUUUUACGCUACUGCUCAGUUAAGCCAAUACUCAUAUUUUUUGUGGCAAAGUUCAACUUUCCUAAAAUCAAAAAUUUAAUUUGUCAAGAAUUCAUGUUGCUACUACAAAAGUCGGGAACAUAUCUAUUGUUGUGA